CCCGGCCCACUUAUAGAUUUACAACCCCUUCCUUCUUUUACAAUCCCAAUAAAUCUGCUCCCACUUUCCUAAUUCCUAGGGAUUCCUAUUUCUGUAAUUCAUUCCUUUCUGCUGCCUACUAUAGUUGUUGUGCUAGCAUUCAGAGGAAAUAGGACGACGGCUGCUGCUACCCACCAUUUUUGUUUUGCGGUGGCCGGGAUGGGGGGUGGUGCUGCUGGGAGGAGUACUGGGUAGUGGGGUUGAUUUUCCUGGCGAUCAAUCUUAUUAUUGGGAAAAGGGUAAAAAAGGGAAGAGAAAGACGGAGAGGAAGCGACCGGUGUCUCAUCAGAAUUAGAAGAAGAAUGUUGUGUAGCAUGAUAGUGUUAUCAGGGAAGAAGAGGAAGAAGGGUGCUACUACAGCCCCCGUUUACCUCAAUGUAUACGAUCUCACCGCUAUGAAUGGCUACGCUUACUGGCUCGGCCUCGGCGUCUACCACUCCGGUGUUCAAGUUCAUGGGGUGGAAUAUGCAUUUGGUGCACAUGAACAUUCAACAACUGGGGUAUUUGAAGUAGAACCCAAACAGUGCCCAGGGUUCACUUUCAGAAAAUCGAUCUUGAUUGGUAGAACAGAUUUGGGUCCUAAAGAAGUCCGUGCAUUCAUGGAGAAACUAGCAGAGGAGUAUUCUGGCAACACAUACAAUCUCAUUACCAAAAACUGCAAUCAUUUCUGUAAUGAUGUGUGCUUGCGCUUAACGAGGAAACCAAUUCCUAGCUGGGUUAAUCGGCUAGCACGACUUGGUUUUCUGUGUAACUGUGUUCUUCCAGCUGGCUUGAAUGAGACAAAGGUCCGACAUGUCAGAGCAGAAGACAGGGUGUAUGAGAAGAAAAAGCUACGAAGCCAUUCUAGUCGGUUUAUAUCUCCUUCUAAUCCAACUCUGUUGUCAUCCUGUCCUUCAAAAUCUGCCAGAAGUGGUAGACAAAGAAGUCAUCACCCUCCAGGUCCUCCAUCUCCUCACUGACCCAUUCACCUCCAUGAGUUAUGAGGCUCUUUGCGAUGCUUUCUGUUUACAUGAUUUAUGGUUCCCCUAUUAAAUUGUUGAUAUUCAUGCAGAGUCUUUUAGACUCUGAAAAAUCAGUUUGAAAUCAUAGUGGAAACAACUGCUACUUAGAUGUUUGCGGUGUUUCUGUUUCUGUAAAGUGUUUUCAGUUUCGUGUUAAAUAGGCAGUUUUUUUUGUCUAUCAGUGUGAUUUCUUACAGUUCAUACGAGUGCUUUAUUGGUUGUUGGGUUAGUAUCAUUAUCGGCAUAUUACAAAGUUUACAUUUGGAUUUUGUUUGGAUUAUUAUGCAUUGUUUUGAUUGUGGA